AAGAGAAAGGAGAGAAAAAGAGGAGAAAUAUCUCACACACUUACUUUUACUGGCUGUUGAGCUGGAUGUAUGGAGCAUUUUGGUCUGCAAAAUGAAACUCUCAUCUCUUGUGAUGGUUCUCCUGACUAGGGCUUUGAUUGGAGAGUGGACUGAGGCUCUGAAUGUGACAGUGACCCCUGGACCCGUCUCUGUGUGUCUGGAAGGAGAAAAUAUUACCGUGUCAUGCCUGGUCUCUCAAAGGAAGAGGAGCAACAGCGUGCUGGUUCUGCGCUGGCUCUACUUCCCAAAGCCUGAGGAUGAGCGGCUGGUGGUGAAGAUGAAUUUCAAGAAGGCGAAGUACUACGGAAACUACAGCCUAAGCUUUUCCCAGACCAAAUUUUACCUGUGGGAGGAAGUGGAAGGAGAAAUAUACAGCUUGCUGAUCUUCAAUGUAUCGAGGGAAGACAGAGGCAACUACAGUUGUAAAGUGCAAGAGAUACGCAAACACAGAAACAAGUGGAGGGCCUCAUCAAAUGGCACAGGGAGCAUGGAGCUACGAGUGCACUACCUAGGAGUCCCGGAGAGCACUGAUAACAUCUGGCGCUGGUUUCAAGAUCUUUAUCUGUGUGCAGUGCUGAUCUGCUCUGUUGGUCUCAUUUCUACACUUCUUUUCAUCAUGAGAAUUGCAUGUCAAUACAUGCGGCAUAAACAAAGAGGAAAAGACAGAUUCUAUUUGGUGAAAUGUCCAGAGAGCAGCUCUGGAGAGACAGUGACCAGUGUUGCCAGCUCAUCUCCUGGAAUGCACAGGAAAGAAAAAAGACAUAAAACACCACCCAAAGACAUCACUGCAUCGCCGCCAGUCAUACCAGUGAAAGCUCCUGUUCCAAGUAAGCCACGCAGGACCAAACUUUUAAAAGUCCAGCCUAGAAAAACACACAUGCUGCGGGUGGCAGAUGACAGCCUGACAUACGCCGAGCUGGAACUGGUCAAGCGAACGCCCGAGGCUAAAAGAAGCAACUCAGGAGCUGCACAGCUGGAGACCAACGCACACUGCACAGGAACUGUGUACGCUCAGAUCCUCUUUGUGGAAAAGCAAGUGUAAAUUCAGUUGAAGUUGUUUUGUAGCAGAAUUAUUUAUGAUUUAGCUUUCGGUAUUGUUUAUAGGAUCAACUGUUGUUACAUUAUUUUUAGUACAGAGGCAGAAGUCUGUUUUGUAAUUGGGUACAUUCUCCAGCUGUCUGUGAGCACAUGAUUUCUAUAUGUAUAUUUUUCUUUUUUAUAAACAAAGAGGAAAUAUUGCUUUAUUGUUGGAUUUAAUCCAAUACCCAUAUUUAAUUCUGAUUUUAUAAUUGUGUAAGAAAUGUAAUAAAAUAUGGCAUUGUUUGUUACAACCUAUAUUUCUUUUCAAGUCAUCAGGGUCCUGUGAACAUUACAAUGAUUGCAGUUGUAGAUUCAUAAAUAGGAAGCAAUUCUACCUCACAUAAAACAUCAAGCUUCAUACAGGGACUAAUGCAACCCACAGACCAUUUAAGUAAUUCCACCAUCAACAUAUACGAUAUGCAUGUUUGUUAGUACACUCUGGGGCUGAUGUAUAAGUAUUUCCGCCCCUAUUGAAUGGCAGAAUGCCAUCUAUAGCAUAGUAGGGUAAAAGGUCAAAAUGAAAAAUUCUUGGCUUAUGAAUACCAGCUCCAUCUGUCUUAGUGCCUCGGUGCGCUCUCAGGCCUGCUGU